AUUCGAACAGAUUCAGCGCCUUAUUGGAGUGUUGAGUUACAUCACUAUCUAAAGUGCCAAAUAUUUUGGUCUGGUGUUUUGUCACAUAUUUCUUUCGUAAAAUGUGUGUUCUAUAUUCCUCGUAUAUUUUACUCUUUUUAAAUCAUUAUUUAUGGCUGAAAGACUCCUGGGUCACAAAUGUCUCCAUAUUUUAGCUUAUACAAACUGUUGUCUCAUCCUGAUAACUCCCCCAGGCUUACUCGUCGCUUCAGCCUGGAGGGUGUAAAUAAAGCCCUUGUUACUUUUCCCUCCGAAGCACUAAGCGAUCGUCCAUCUACACCGUCUAUAUCUGUUCUCGACGUUUACGACAUAGCUGCUUCAAUUGGUAAAGAAUUUGAGUCUAUCAUUGAUAAAUAUGGACCGUACUCAGUGUCCAACUUAAUGCCUAAAGUGAUAAGCGUCCUUGAAGAAUUGGAAGAUUUCGCAACAAAAUUUGAGUCUGAAGGAAGAGAAAUUAUUACCCUUCAAACAGCCGUACAUCGGUUAGAACUUGAAAAGUUGGAACGUAAAGAAGAUCAAAACAGGCAUAAAAAGGAGUUGGAACAAAUUGAAGAGACAUGGCAUUCUGAAGUUCAGGAACUUUCCCAACUAAUUGAGAAGUUAAAAGAAGAAAACAAACAACUUAAAGAUGCAAUUGAAGAUAAUGAAGCAUCGAACAACCAUUCACCGAUUCCGGCUUGUUCUGCAAAUUCUACAAAUGUCGAGGAAAUACAACUUAUGAUACGCCUUAAAGAAGUUAUAGACCGUCAGAAAAUACUAAUUCGUUCAUUGCGUCAACAGCUUACUCAAAAACAUGUUGAUUUGGAUGCGAUGCAACAACAAGCCACGCGUUUAGCGAAACUGAAUGCAUCACUACGUCGUAAACAUUUUGUCAGUAAACAACAGGCGGAUCAAUUACGUGAAGAGAAGCUAACUUUAGAGACACAACUUAAUACAAAAGAUCAGCAAAUUAAACAAAUGGAAGAACAUAUCCAUCAUAGUAAUAAUAAUAAUUGCAAUAAUACCGAAUCAUCUAUUUGUAUUGAUAUGUCGAAAUCCUUAAUCGCUGAAUUGAUAUCUCCAGAGACUCCGCCUCCACAGUUAACAGAGGAACAAUUAGUUAAACGACUUAAUGCUGAAGGCAAAAUGAUUAUUGAUGGUCGUAAUCCAAAUCGUCCUCAUUUCACCCUUCAAGAACUUCGAAAUGUUUUAAUCGAACGUAAUGAAUUGAAAACUCGUCUGAUUGAGGUUGAAGAAGAAUUAUCAGUUUAUAAAAGAGCUGGUAUUAUUGUGAAUCCUGUCAACUGAUACAUAUUAUUUUUUAGUUUUUCCCUACGCUUCAUUAAACCUUUUUGUUUAUCCUCAUGUUUGUAUGCAUGGUGUUUAUUGUAUUUGAUAAACAAGGCAGUACACAAAUGAAUUACAAAUCAAACUUGGUUUCAGUAUUAAUUUCUCUAAAAUGGAUUUUUUUUAAAAUUCUCAUUUGAAUUACAAUAUACUGUAGUGAACAAGAACACAAGCGUGGACAAUGGGAUAUAUUUAAACACAAAAUUACAGAACAUCUUAGUAAAAUCUAAGAACCAUACAGUAAAUACUUCAUUUGCAAAAUGUCAAUCAAUUAUCUCAAACUUGACUGUUCCUUUUGCAAAUGUUGAUCAAUCGUCUCAGACUUCACUGUUCAUUCAUUUCCACAGCAAUACUUCACUGUUCUCGUUCUCUUUCCUUCGAUCGUAUUAACCUUCUGCCGCCAGGCACUUAACUUUCGAUUGAUGAUACAUACUACUUAUAUCUGUCGAUGUCAGUAGCACACACCACAAUACAUCAUGUAUGAAAGAUGACUACAGAAAAUGUGAUCAUUAGAAUGAAUUCUGAUCCUUACUAUUUAGAUUUCUGUCUUUUUCUCUCUCGAAAUUUUUCUUCUUUUUAAUACUAUAUCGACAUCAAAUUAUAUUUAUUUGAUAUAAAUUAAUUUAAUUUGAAUAUUCAAAAUGUGUUAUCGUUACAGUGAUUGUAAUAGAAAUGUUGUGUUUUUUUAAAUAUAUAUAGGAAUUUGUUGAUGGACUUGGUAAACAUAAUGUGAAAUUACUGAUGUUUUUUUAGAUUAAAAAUGUCCUCUCAUUAGUGUCUUCGAAGUGAUUUCUCCGAAGAUCUAGCAGGAUGCUGUGAUCGAAAGUAAUGAGUAAGAGAUAUCACAAAUUUAAUCCAUUGGGUUCCAAACCAAUCAGUGUUCGUACUCUCUUUAAGCAAUCAACAUCAUAUGUUUGAUCCCAUGUCUUCACUCUACUGAAGAGUUAUAAAAUGGAUUCAGUCGUUCAUUAACUGAUUUCAGCUUGUGAUAAAAAUUGACAUGAAGUGUAAAAUUCUUCAAGGGAUUAGUGAUUGCAACAUUCAGUCUUUAUUAUAGAUCACCAUUCUACUUAUGAAUAACAUUAUUAUUUAUUUAUUUACUUAUUUGAACACAUAAAUAUUGGUACAGCGGGGCACCAAAUAUAUAUGCGCCACACAAAACAAUGAUAAUUUGAAGAGGAGAAAAGAGAAAAAAAGUAAUGAACGUGGGGAAUUAGAAAAAAAAAGAGAGAGAGAACAAUGGUGGGGGAAACGGAAAGGUACAAUCAGAAGAGAUCUUUCAGUUAAGGAAGAUACAACCACUUUUUAUGAAGAAAGUAAAAGAAGGUUACAGCAGGAUCGCCACUGGCUUCUAUUCUGAGCCAUAUCUGAUAACGUCUCUAGCCACUGCGAUUCGGUGGCAACAUACAAUUUUCAACCAGGCAGUGACUCGAGAACGUUUAGAUAAAGCUGAAUUUUUACCAUAGGCGAGCUGCUGUCUGAGUCGAAACGGAUACAAAAAGUAGAAAUAGGAGAUAGUGAAUAAAUGACGUAGUAAAUAAUAAUAAUAAUAGUACCAGUCAUUUCAAUGUUAGUCGGAGAGAAACGAAUAUUUUCCAUAAGCAGAUAGUUCAUCAUGGUUUUAGUGUGUGGGCUGAGAUACUGCCCGGAUGCCCAAACCGAAGCAGGACUUAUGAAUAACACUGUUUUGUUAGAGAAUUACAUUGGCAAAUGUUUAACAUUCCUCUGAUUUAGGAUUUCAAUGAGUAGAAUAAAAGCUGAAGGGUAGAAAAUCCUAUGAUAACUGUUCCGAAACACUAAAUAUAUGCAUUCAAUCAUUCCUUAAUGUCAAUACGGGGUUGUGAAGAUUGUUGAGUUUUUGAUUGUGAUCAUGAAUCUAUCAAUGUUAGAUUACCGUUGGAAACCUGAAAGCAAUGGACAGCCGUUUCGUCCUAGUAUGGGACCCCUCAGCAGUGCGUAUCCACGAUCCUGCGGGUGGGAUUCGAACUCAGGACUUUGGUCUCGCGCGCGAACCCUUAAACUCGAGAUCACUGAGGUGGCAUCCAACGGUGUUAAUGUCUAACUUCAACAAAUUCAUGAUCGGUUCAUGAUCUCGAUAAAAAAAUCAACAUCCUCCACAACCCUAUACUAAUAUUUAUCAUGUGCUCACUAGUGACUAACUUCGAGAGGUAAUUCUCAAAGUUCUAGUGAGAAGGCGUGACCAGUGGAGCUAAUCCGUGUCAGAUGUGAGGCAUUCAUCCACUGAAAACAAUGGAAAAUUGUCUACAUUGAAGAUUCCUUUUUAAGUUCACGAUCUAAUUAAAAUCUUUCAUCUUACAACUUUUAUAUUUUUUAUAUCCUGUCUUUUCCAAUUUGUUUUAUUGAAAAUUUCUACGGAUUGUCUUACGGUACUCUUUAUAGAUUUGAAAAAUAUAAACCACUACAUCGAUGUUCAUAUAUUUAAAAUUAUGAAUUCAAAUCAUACAAUAAGACAUACUUGAAUUUCCAACCUCUCACUUAUUUUGUCUAACUGAAUAAUGUCAUACAAGUGUAUAAGUCGAACCUUUAUUUCGUUGUUUUCCAUCUUAUUGUAAAGUUCUAGGAAUAUAACAAUGAAUAUUCUACCUACAGAGUAUAAAUUUACGUGUAACGAUAUAGGUGAACAUACUGUUCUAAAAAGAUGUUUUUGUAUCUUCGAGUUAACUUUCAUUAGGAACUGACAUCAAUUAAGGGAUGCUUCAAAACCAAGGAGCAUCAAAAUUAUGUUGAAAUAUUUUUGGGAACUUCCUAGAAAUGAACCUUCACUACCCAGUUUGAUAUUGAAUUGAGAACUUUUUGAGUCUUAGGUUUCUAUUUUGUUAAAGUAGAAUUGCGGGUGUGCACUGCUGGCGAGGCUGAGACUAGUUUACAAUACGCCUUGAUUUUCUAAUUUUUAUUUGAUGACAUCAAUGCGUGGUGAAAAUCACCUAGAAACUAAACAUAAAUAUUAGUGAAUUUUUACUUGAUAGGCAUAUAAGUUUGUUAAAAUGGAACGCAAAUACUUCAGGCUGGAUUAUUAUAUCUAACCAUAGUUCCUUAUCUAACACUUAACUGAUUACUCUGUUAAUGUACUCAACUUUCUUAUGACUCACUGGUAUUAAUAAAAACUUUUUGAAACAUUUAAUUCCGCAUGUUGUUUACUAUGAGUGUUACUACUACAAAAAUAUUUGUGUGACUGAUGAUAUUUUCAACUUUUUGUUUACAAGGGAUGAAGAUCCUCCUGUACAA